UAAACAAUAUGGCGGACAUUAGCAAGGACAUUAUUCCGGCAAAAAAGAGAAGAACGGAGGCAUCUACCGAUCUCUGCGACAAAGUUCUACAGCUUGAGCAAGAUCUAUGUUGCAAUCUUGACUCACUGAAGUUUUCUACUCCUGUUACACACGUUUAUAACCCUUUAAAAUAUGCUAAAGAAACACACGAAGACUACAUGAGAAAGUUCUGUAAAGUUGGACAAAAAGUGCUUUUCUUGGGAAUGAAUCCAGGUCCUUUUGGGAUGGCGCAAAACGGGGUAAGCAAAAAAAUAGCCAUAUGUUCAAUGCGUCACUUCUUAUCUGUCAAAACUUGACCAGCGGGUUUGGGCUCCUCUGACAUUUGGACGUUUGUACUGUGGUGGAGGGAGGGAAAGGUUGCAGUUAAAAUAUAAUAGGGGCAAGGGACUUAAGGGGAGGAAUUAUACCCUCCUGUAGGGCGAGUGAAAACUUUUGCCAGAAUUUAAGGUCAAUCAUCUUUAUUUAUAGAAUGACACUAAUUAAGGAGUUAGCGUCUGAAGAUCACCAUCCCGCACAAAGCCCCCCUCCCCAUCCCCACCAAUCCUGAACCUUCUGACUCUAGAAAGGGUUUCAUACUAUCCUGUUCUAGGCUCUGAGAUAGUUGGGUCUGCGAAGUUGAGAAAGCAUGAACACAAAAAUAAAGCGGGAGGAAACUGGGGAGAGGGAGCUCUACCUUUUUUCCUGCCACCGCCCCUUUAAUUUUUCCAGAUUACACGCUCUUGUUUUCGUGUGCCUUUCACUUAUGUGUCAUCCAUACUAUCUGAGAGCCUGAAACAGACUAAUUUUGUAUGAAAUAGAAAGCAGACACAAGAAUACCAUAGUGCAGUACUGUUCUGAGAUUAUUAAUGAAAACAAAUUGGAGUAAAUUCUUACAAUAAUGUUAUGUGCAACUUCAUUCACAGAGCUAGGCCAUCAUCAAAACCUGGAUCAGAUCAAACCCUGUAAACCCUUGAAUGGUACACCUAUAAAAAAUAACAGAAUACCUGAAACAGGUCCCUGAGCAUCUUCGCAAAUUUAUUCAAAACUAUAAAGGCAAUUUUUGAUGUUUUUUUUUAAAGGAUUGAAAAACCAUUGAUGUCACUAAGGACAAAAGGUUGGGAAUAGGAUUACAUGGGCCAGGGCUGUGCUCUAGCAGAGCCCGGUGGCCCCUGGCGCUAAAUCUCAGAUUUUUCAUACAAAUCAUAUGCUGGGCACCCUAGAUUUUGCAGUUUCAGAGUACUGGGCUCCCUUCAAUUUUCCUUAGAGCACAGCCUUGUGGGCUGAUCAUAUCCAGGUUUUGUUGACACCAAUUCAUGUUUCUGUUAAAAUAAUUAUUGCAUUAUAGUCAACUAAUGAUGUCAUGAACACCAGCCAUCAGUGGUGAAUCCAAACCUUGAGGACAGAGAGAGGCACUCUUCUGGCUUAAAUAAAAUGUUUCAGUACAAUUCCCUGUAGGCCUUAGAUCCCUCCCUCCUCACUGUUUACCAGUGAGUGAAGUCCAGUUUUCUUUGGACAGGUCCCUUUUGGAGACACAAAACAUGUCAAAGAGUGGCUCCAAAUUGUAGGACAGGUGAAUAAACCAGAGAAAGAACACCCCAAGAGACCAAUCCAUGGCUUAGACUGUGAACGAGGUGAAGUCAGUGGAAGCCGGCUAUGGGGCUUUAUCAAGGAACAGAGUAAAUCUCCAGACAAAUUUUUCCACAGUUGCUUUAUUCAUAACUAUUGCCCUCUGGUUUUUAUGUCAUCAAGUGGAAAGAAUAUAACCCCACCUCAACUACCAAAGCGAGAAAGACAGCAACUCUUGGAAAUUUGUGACAAUUUCCUGGCAGAGUUUGUUAAACUUUCUGGGGUAAAGAUAGUUGUUGGGGUAGGAAAGUUUGCAGAGGAAAGAGCUCACAAAGCUUUAAAAGACUUCAACGUUGAAAUUUAUUCAAUAAUGCAUCCUAGUCCCGCCAGCCCAGCUGCAAAUGCUUGCUGGAGUGACAUUGCUUUGAAGCAGUUAACAGAUGUGGGAUUAACCAGUUACAUAAGAAAUGAAAAGUUGUAA